GUCGAGCUCCGCCGGUCGCUGAGGAAGCUCCACGGCGGUUGCGCGACCAAGGCGGCCAUGGCGGCGGCCGGCAGGGAGCAGGAGCGGGACCUGGCGCGCUUCGUCUACGUGACGCGCUUCGGCUCGCACCGGUGCGGCGGCGUCUUGCAGCUGGGCCGCCGCCGGGCUCGGGGCCGCGGGAGCACCGGGCGCGGGGCUGGCUGCAGCCCCGAGGAGCCGCGGGCGGCGGCCCGGGCCGGCGCGGAGCUGGCCCCCGGCCCCCGGGCUCCCGCGGCCUCCCCACCGGCGCCGGCGUCGAGCGCGCGGAGCGGUCCCCAGGCUGCGGCGCGAGCAGGUUUAACCCAGAAGAAUUUAGCUAAACAGUUUGAUUUCCCUAUACCUUUGAAUGAAGCUUCGAAAGUAAUGAUGAAAAAGAAAAAGGUUCGCAUAUGGAAUAAAGUAUACAAAGUCAUUUCUAGAAUGCUUGAAGAAAAUGAAAAAUACAGACUCAGGCUGAAAUACCAACAACUAUCCAGUGAAAACUCAGAUUACACAAGAUGAAUCUUCUUAUCAUCUUCUGGAUUAACCUAUCUUUGGAUCCGUUUACCAAAGAAGAUUGUGAAGAGUUUAAAGAUGGAACUUUAAAUUGAAUCAUAAUUUUAUGUUAAUUUUGGUGUGUUUUGUUGGUAUUGGGACUUUAAUAUUUGAAUAGAAAAACUACCUUCUUUAUAAAUUAAUAGUAUUUGUUUACAAAUUAAUUAAAUAUGGUUGUAUGCACACAAGCGUUAUGCAAGUGUUUUUCAAGGGUGAAUUAGUACUUAUUCUGUAUUCUUUUAAAUUAAUCUUAUACAUAAAAUUUAAAUUGACAUAGCAAUACAAUUGCAGGCAUUUAUAUUUACCAAUGUUUCCCUUUAAUGAAUGUGUCUGCAAACCACCACUUUAUUCAUCCCUUAUUAUGAUAUAACUGCUUUAAAUUAAACUUCGAUUCAUUUAAAUUGUUUCUGGCUUUCUUUUUCUAAAUUUCCCAAUUGUCUUAUGAUAAAAACCUACAAUUUACAUAGUGACAAUUAUUUUUGGUGUUAAAACUAAUGGUUAUUUAAGCCAUCUUUUCAUCCUAAGGAAAGUUAGAAAAUUUAUGCAAAUUCUAAAUUGUAAUAUGGAGUAUUUUAGGAUAAGAAACAUUCUUCUCCUUUUCAGGCCCCUAACUAACAGAUACAUUCAUUAUUUUUUUUCAGUCAAUAAGU